CGACUAGGUCCGGUUUUGGCCUUGCCACCGCUCGAAAAAUGCUGAGUACAACAGGUUCUGAUCUGGAUUACUUUAGGGUGUUCGUGUAUGCAUUAUUUGAGUUGGUUGGACAGAAGAUGUUCGAAACGUAUGACCUUGUUACGCGAAACCCUUUAGUCUGUCGCUUGGUUCGGAAGAGCAAGAGAUCUUGGAGGGAGCGUACCAGCUACCAGGCGAAUGCUUCACAGAAGUUUCGGAAGACCAAGACAUCAUCGAAGCCGCCUCUCGAGCCUUGUCCCGUUGAGGAGGAUGAUUACGAGCUACCGGUCGAUGCUCCAUACAAGCCCGCUGCACAGGAAUAUCGAGUUUUGACAGAAAAGGCCAAGCUGGAGAGCCUGGAAAAAGAAUUGGUGACUUUGCGCAAGGUUAUGGCACAAUUUGUACAGCAGCACGAACAGAGAAAUCAAACUCAAAAAAGUCUGGAUAUUACUGUAGUUGAAGAAAAACACAAACACGUUUACACAACAACAACAAAAAAAGAGGAAUUCGAGGGUACAGAAACGAUAAAUCCGAUACCUCCCCCUCCACCGCCCCCACCAUUAACAAUCACACAUAAACAGAGCACGUCGGAGAUUCAGCAAGCUAGUAGCUUACCAUCUCUUAGAACUACGACAUCUUCUGCAUUGUCAUACAUGCAUAUCUCAAAUGAUAUUCUAAAUACAAAUAAAAGCGCGCUACGUCAUGUCGCCGGCUCCAGAUCGCCCGGAGGAACUCUUUUGCUCAAAUCCUCUCGUACUGCUACCACUUCGUCUAUACCUACUGAAGUCAUUGCAAGCGCCUUGUAUAAAAAAUUCAAAAGCAUCAACGCCAGUGAUUGAAAACAACACCAUAUAAGCCGUCAUUUUGUAUUGUGCAUGGCCUUUCUCAAAGAUUGCAACUGUUUUUUGGAAGAAGUGCGUGUUGAAAGGUCUUCGCCAAAUUUUUGUAUGCAAGUACUCCAUGAAUAUAUUAUUGACACUUGCCUAA